UUACUCUGGUUUCAGCUUUUGCAACUAAAGAUGCGUAUCAUCAAGAAAUUYAUGAAAAAAAGGAUCUUGUCUUAACUCCUUUGCAUAGAACACUUUAGAGUUUACAUGAGACACAGACCUGGACUGCAGGUACAGUUAGUCAAGCAAAGUUAAACUGAUUCUUGUCAUGCAUGAUGUGAUUUCUCCUUUAAGGUUUUAAACAUAUUUUUUAAAACUAGUAUCAAGCUAAUCUGGGAAAACAGGUUAGCUUGAUGCUGGCACACAUCACUGCAAACUGAGAACUACACAUUUAAUGUACGUAUCGUAAUAUAAGAAAAGCUCUGCUAUGGAGGAAUAUUKCUCCUCAGUGGGAAUAGCAGUAAACUGGCUCAUCUGCAAACACAACCAUUGAUUGAAGGGAUCAGAUUUCAUUGCUGAUGAAACUAUUUGCURGAAAAUCUGACCUCAAGUCUUUAGAUGCUAUCCUGAUGUUAUGAGGGACUUGCAGAUAAAAUUUAUUAUAUAAAAACAUUUGUGUAAAGGACUUUUAUGAAGAAAAUGAAGUGCUAGAGAUAAAACUGGUCUAAAAUUUACUAUAAAAACAAAACUACAUAAAUUGAAGAAGUAAAUCUAACAAUAACAUACCAAUCAAAGCUUUAGACACGUAUCCGAAUGAAGGCAGUUCAUUUUGGUGUCAUUACUUUGUUCCUUGAAGAGCAAGAUUGGGUACAACAMAGAGCAGGAUCAGUGUUUGAAUUCAUCGCUGGUAUUCUCUAAACCACACAGGAUCAACUUUGUACAUACAGAUUCAAACAAACAAGUAGCAAUGAAAUCUUACGUUUUCUUUUAUUAUUAAAAGUAAGUAAUGUGACAUGAAAUUGUGGCUUGAUAUAUUUCACGUUUCUUCUUAGAAUAGACUGAGCCUUAAGACAUACACCACACAUUUUCAUCGUGGUUUUUUGGUGAGUACAUUCCAAAAUAAAUUGUCUGUCUGUUGGAGGAACACCCAGCCGUGUUCACAUGUCAGUCUACUUGCUGAGUCAAGCAGAAGAUGGGGAACUUGAACCAGUCAGUGCUAAUUAUUAACAAGUAUUACACUGAGGUCUAUAUGACUUUUGACUGUCACUAAUGUAACUUUAAUUGCAAAAAUGUUUAUCAAUUGCUUUGYAAUUUAUCUUCAUUUACAUUUGAAUAAACUAAAUCGUUCACUUAGCAAACACUCCGAAACAAAGGCUUUUUCUCGUUUCUUUCGAGUAGAUGACAGUAUGUUUUGACUUGUAGUGGACACAAACAGCCCACUCGUUCACACGUGUCACGUGACUUCAGAUUUGUGCUCUGAUUGGUUGAAUGCUCCUGGAGGGUGUGGCUUGAUUGGAGUUUGUGAUAGAAGAAGACGACUCGACAGAAGAGAGGGGAAACGCUUUAAAGAAAAAUGUCCUCGGUACCAGACGGGAAGAAGCUGGUCCGCAGCCCCAGCGGCCUCCGAAUGGUUCCGGAGAACGGCGCCUUCAACAGCCCGUUCUCCCUGGACGAGCCGCAGUGGGUCCCGGAUAAAGAGUGUCCGAGAUGCAUGCAGUGCGACACCAAGUUUGACUUCAUCAGACGAAAGCACCACUGCCGGCGCUGCGGCCGCUGUUUCUGCGAUAAAUGCUGCAGCAAGAAGGUGGCACUGCCCCGGAUGUGCUUCGUUGACCCGGUCAGGCAGUGUGCAGAGUGCAGCCUGGUCUCACAGAAGGAGCUGGAGUUCUACGACAAGCAGCUCAAAGUGCUGCUGGGAGGAGGGACKUUYAUCGUCACUUUGGGAACAUCAGAUAAAUCUGAAACCAUGACAUGCCGCCUCUCCAACAACCACAGAUACCUGUUCCUGGACGGUGAAAGUCACUUUGAGGUGGAGCUGUCCCGCAUCUCCAGCAUGCAGAUACUGACAGACGGGACGAGUCCAGGAGAGGAAGACGUUCACACUUACACCAGCCUGCUGGACGGCCUGUGUGUCUCUGAAGGUUGGCUGCUGCUCGCCCCUCAGUGUCUGCAUCCACCCUCUGCCCCGACCUGAUGUCACCCCAUCCCAUUACCCCAUCCUGGAGUUUGCAUGAAAGCAACACCUGACUUACUUUACUUUACAUCAUUUGGAGUCUGAGGGGGGAAAUUAUUCUCCCAUUUUCGUUUUCAGUCAAUUUUAGUUACUUUUCAUAUCUCAUCUCAUCCAGUUACUCUAUUUAAUAUUGAGUUUUUUCUGGUGUUUGAGUAAAGACAGUCAAAAGAUACUUUU